AUGUGGAAAAUACUGGUCUACGCCUCGGCACACGUUUCGCUGGUCAGGACGUCACCUCAACUAAGUGAUUCGUAUACGGGACCAUUGAAGGAGACCUUCAAUGACAUCACUAGGUCUCUUUUGGAAGAAUGUUCGUUUUGUGCUAAAGUCGACGCCGUCGACAUAGUGCCCAGUCUGUCGACUAAGACGUUUCUAAACAAGUACGCGUACACCGGUCGACCGGUACUCGUUACAAACGACAAAAGCUUUGGUAGAUCGCCUGGUUUUGAUUUUGAGUUUUUCAAAAACCUGUCCAAAGCUAAACAGCUGAAAACUUGUCAGUUUUUCCGGUACAAAACGAAAUUCAAAACGCUGGAUGAUGCGCUUAAUAUGGACCAAGACCAGGCUACUCUCAAGCCAGGAUACACCCCAUGGUACAUUGGUUGGAACAUUUGUGAUAACAAAACUAUUGACAUUGUUAAGGAACGCAUUGACAUACCUAGUUUUCUGCCAGAAAAUUUAGCUUUUCCAAAUUCGAAAAUCUGGAUAUUCAUAGGCACACCGGGAAACGGUGCUCCGAUGCACUUAGACAAGGUUAAAUAUCCUUCGUGGCAGACUCAACUUAGUGGAUCGAAAAAAUGGACUUUACAGUCACCGCCCAAAUGCAUAUUCAGUUGUAGAAAACAUUUUGAAGUGACCGUCCACGCCGGACAAUUAUUAAUUUUGGACACAAAUAUUUGGUAUCAUCAAACUAAAACUAUAGGCCAAAAUAUCAGCAUAGCUGUGAGUGGUGAAUACAAGUGA